AAUAUCUCUCACAUAGCCGUGCACAUAAUAUGGACAAUUACAGUAAAGAUAUCAAUGAUCUUUUAAUCAACAUUUUAUCUUAUUAAAUAUUAAAGCAUGAAGUAAAAUGGCAAGAAUACCCAAUACAAUUAUAUAAUCUUUAACAGAUAUUAGGAUCUACCUGAAUAUCCUAUAAAAUAGCUUUGUAGAUAUUAUACAAUAUAUUACUUCUCAAUGACCUUUACAAUAAAGGGUAUAAGCUUUAGUAAAAUAUUAUCUAUCUUAUCUUUUUCUACAUUUAAUACAUUAAUAGACUACAAAAUUGUACAUCAAUUGCAUGUGCAUAUUAUGGUCAUUGCUCUGUCAUUCCUUUUGAGCUUUGAAUGUUGUAUUGUUGUAUACUAUUUCACUUCAUAUUGAGACUUAUUGUGCACUUAUAUAAUUAUCCAAUAUGAAUAGAGAACAUUUAGAUGAGCAUAAUUACUUUUUGAAUCUUCCGGAACAAAAUAUUGAGGAUGUAGAUGAAGAAGUCAACGGUAAGUACUUUUUAAUAUAUAAUUAUUAAUUAAUAUAUAUAAAAAUAAUAAUAUAAAAAUAAAAUAGAAAUUAUUACAUUCAGUUCAUUUGUAUGGCAUAUAUAAGGUAUUACAUUGGAAUUAUCUAUCAAUUACAUAUUAAUUUUCACUAUAUUUCUACAGUUCAAGAACAAGCAAUGACAUACAAAAUAAUUCCUGGUGUUAGACUUAAGUCUCAAAUAUUUUUGGACAAUUUAAAUCACCGAUACUACAAAAGUAAAAGUCGAAUUAAUAAAAUGUGAGUAAAAAAAAAAUUAUUUUGAGAUUUGGUUUAUAAUUUAUAACUAUUUAGAUAUUUAGUAUGCGAAAACCAAAAAAAUCGCAGAGAGUUUUGUUCUGCCACUGCCUAUAUAAGCACAAACAUGAACGAUAAUGUUAUAACAGUACUAGGACAACACAACCAUGAUCCUCGGUUAGUAGAUGUUCCUAUGGUUCAUUUGAGAAGAGCUAUUGGUACAGCAGGUACAAAACCUGGAACUAUGUCCAGCUCUGUUAGAGAAAUUUAUAACAGAGAAAUAGUCGAGUAUGUUAAAGAAGUUCAAUAAUACAUAGUUUUAAGUUUAACUAAUGGCCAUGGUGUUGCUGUAGAGUAUUGUCAUAACUUAUAAGAACAAUAAAAAAAAAAGUAAUUAUAAAAAUAAUACAAUUAUUUACUGCCUUAGAAAUCCAGAAGGUGCAGUAAAUUAUACAUUUUUGCAAUCCCAAUUGUGUGUAAAAAAAAUGCGUCGGCGCCGUCAUCCAAAGAACCCUUCUACAAUCGAAGAACUGAUAGAUAUCUUGAGCCAGCAACAAAAUUCAGCAUAUGGAUCAACAAUGCAGAAUCCAUCCUCAAAUUUUUUUCAACAACAAUUACCAUUAAUGGCAGAAGGCGAAAGGGUUGGCAUAGUUUUUGCAAAUUUAGAUGCUAUUCAAAAGUAUAGGGAAGAGCUCUUUACAGUAACCGUUGCAGGUAUUGAUGGGACUUUUAAAACGGUUCCCAGAUGUCCACCUCAGUUCACCAAAGGUUGUCUUUUGACAUUUCAAGUGGUUUUAAAAAAUGUAUCUUUUCCAAUGGUUUAUGCGCUAACUUCAAAAAUGACCCAGGCUGCAUAUGAAUCGUUUUUGAUAAUUACUCGCCAGAUUUUGCCAUUAAACUAUGCGGAGCUAGUAAUUAUUUCAGAUUUUGAAANUUAUAAUUCAAAUAAAAAUUAA